AUGCGAUCCCUUGGGUUUAUAUUUGGUAUUAAAACAGACAAGACGACGAAUGCAGUGGAUAAGCUACCUUUGAAGUCUGCGGUUGACGCUUGCGAGGAUGACCAUACAGACAGCAAUGAUAAUUGUGUGUUGUCGGAGAUUGGGGUGAGCCCCUCUGAGUCGUACAGCAAUAAAUACGAGGAUGGCAUCCUCAGCGAGGAGUCCGUCGAAACGGCGGAGAUCUCGAUUGCUGAGGUCUCUCAUCUCUUCAAAGUCUUUCAGCGCCUUCUUUCGUUGUGCAAGGAUACACGUGAGAAGCACCGGUUAGUCAAGAAAAUCAAGACGAUUUGCGGCCAAUUCGCGCACUCCAAGUCCUCUUUCGCAAACGAGGACCUCGGGUGUGGCCUUGGGGAGCCUUGCACGGCGCUUCAGCCCCUCCUUGAGGAGAUUCAGGCGGAGCCGGCGGCCCUGCGCGCGCGCCACGCCCUGGCGCUUUAUAAUUUCUGCGUGGAGCUCGAUCAGGAAAUCGAGGACGAGUUGUUAUCCUCCGGGACGGGGUUUCUCGCCGCCCUUCGCCAGGAAAGCGGCGGGGGACUUUCCGACCCCGCGCCGGCCCCCAUCCCUCCCACUCUGGCGCGAUGCCGGGAGGUCAAUUUGGUGAAGAUUUACCGCAAUCUCCUCCGAGUCCGAGGCUACUUGCCUAGCGCUGGCGAAUUGAACGAAAUUUUAAUUCGAGCCGACGCCUUAUUUCGGGAAUUGCCGAAUAUUUUGAUGGUCCCUCUGCCGGUGGUUGUGGUGGGGGAUAUUCACGGGCAGAUCCGCGAUUUGCUCGAGCAAAUCCUCCCCGCGGGCGGACCACUUGUUUCGGAAGAAAUCCUCCGUGCGGCCUCCACCCCCUCCCCUCUUCCCAAUACCGCCAAAAAGAAUUCAACAGCCUCGAAAGGGUCCGCGAAUUCCGGGCCGAAAAUACACCCAAAAGGGCCCACCAAAGUCGGGGGGGUGCUUCCGGAGAAUGCUAAAGCACCUCCUUCGUCCUCGGCUUCGAAUCAGACCGACGCCAGCGCGCUCAGGACGAAGCCAAUGGCGGGGAAACGAAAAAAAAGUUCGGAGGGCGCUCGGGGUGAGGCCGAGCUUGCGAAUAAAAGCCCCUCGCCGGGAACGACAAGGACACCCACAUAUCUUUUCCUCGGCGACUUCGUCGAUCGUGGGAAGGGAAGCCUGCAAUGUCUAUGCCUUCUUUUGGUGGCUAAGAUGCUAUCCCCGGACACCAUCUUUUUGAUCCGGGGCAAUCACGAGUGCUCGCUGAUUAAUCGACAUUACGGCUUUCUUGAGGAGUGCCAUCAGAUGUAUCCCAUUAUUCAGAAUCAGGUGUGUGAUUCCGUCCUUAUUUCCCCCCCGAUCCUCAGCACGGAGGGGGAAAGCCUCAAAUCGACUGCCCAAGCUGAGAAAAACUCCUCCAAACGCACGUCUCGCCCCGGCCAUGGCCCGCGGCCCGCAAACCAAACGUCUCGCGAGGAAAUGAAGGCGGCGGCGGUCGACCACGCCGCCCAACUUGCGCGUGAGCGGGCCGCGAUGGAGACAAUGGAGUGGGAUCUCGGCGACCACCCGAUCUGGAUUAUCGCGAAUCGGCUUUUUGAGGCUUUGCCGCUUUGCGCGGCGAUCUAUGAAACCGUCGAGGGCUCCGAGCUCGACGCCAAAAGCCGCGAAUCGACGCCGCCAAAGGAGCCCAAGCUGGAGAAAGGGGUCAAACCAAAGUUUUUUAGCUCGGAAAGGAGUGAGGAGGAUAAACGACGGGUGGUGAGGAUAUUCGCGACGCAUGGCGGACUUUCACCUUUCAUUAGAAAUAGUCUCGAUGGCAUUAUCGCCAUUAAUCGAUUCAAGGUUAUUGAGAAUGGUGCAUUGGCGGAUUUAACGUGGUCAGACCCCGUCUCCAAACACCAAGGCUUCUCUAAUUCCCGUUAUCAAGUGGUAAGUGACUCCGCCAACUGCUUGACAACGGAUGAUACGAAUCAUCAUUUAGUCUUUCAAGAUGAUUUUGAUUUUUCCGCCAAAAUCGAAUACAACGGUUCGCUUAUAGGGUUUUCGCACAAUGCCCGGGGGACGGGGCACACGUUUGGCGAGGACAUCACCUGCUCCUUUUUAAAAAUGAACAAGUUCAACUACAUCAUUCGCGCGCACCAGUGUGUGCAGCAAGGGUUUCAAUGGAUUCAUCAACAUCGUGUGCUCACCAUUUUUUCCGCACCGAAUUACUGUGGGAUUAAAAACAAAGGUUCCAUCGCGAUACUCGACGCGCAUGGUACUCCACAGCUAAUUCAGUAUGGCCAUACCGAAGCAGCAGAGGACGAGGAUGGCGAGGCCGCUGCUCCUAUUCCGCCGCGCGAUUUUUUUUGA